UAGCUUGAAAACAAUAGCUACACGUCAUUUUGACGUUGAAGCUUACCGGCGAAUCACAAUAUCGCACGAGCAAACCUCAGGUUGUUGAGCUAACGAGAACCGAAGCGAGUCUCAAACGACUUUUCCACAGAAAACUUAUUUUCUUUCUAGCCCAAACUGCAGCAGGAGUUCACAAUAUCUAAUAUUACACACGCACUACGUUUUCGGCGUUGCUGCGCGUCUGUGGAUGAACAUCCGGUAGUGCGAUGCACGGAAUCUCCGUAGUACCGCCGUAUCGCAUGUGUUCUGUCAGUUCUCGUUUUCUCGUUUUCAAGUUCUCUCGUUUCGUUAUUCCCGCUUCUAACUAGUGUUCAUUUCAUCACUCAUUGGAGUGUUUCAGUAUUGUAUGUAGACCCCAUUGUUUGUCUGUAAAUAUCCCAUGUAAAUAAUAAUUGUACGUACGCACAUGUGACUUCGUUUCGACGCCCGCUCAAGUUUGCACUUGUUCAUCAUGCCCCCUGCGUGCAUCGUGACUACUUGUCCGAACAGACGGGUGAAGAAUCAGCCUGCAAAACUAACUUUACACAAGGUGCCUGUUGAUGAGCCGCGGAGGUCUCUGUGGUUAGAACUUUGUGGACAACGAAACUCAGCUGAGAACUUGUCAAUGUGCCCGCGCGUUUGUGAGAAUCAUUUCACUCCAAUCGCGUACCGUAUGGGACUCAUGGGGCCGGUCAGUAGAAGACUUCGGGACGAUGCUGUGCCAUCGCUACGACUUCCCAAGGAUUGCGAUGAUCCACCGUCAAAACGUCGUGCUGUUUCGCUCACAUCUCUGGAAACAGCAGAGUGCAAGUUACAACUGCAAGCACAGCACAAAAACCCCACGCCGUGCAAGUUGGUGACACAGGGAUCAAGCCUAAGCCAUAGACCACUGAUGCCAAAGCAAGUGCAGCCUUUGAUCAACCCGUCACUAUCCUCUGUACAAAUGCUCUCUGCAAUGCAAGCCAGUACAGUCAUGCACCGGAAUGAAGGUGCCACAACAUCAUGCACAUCAUCUGUGAUUCCACAAGCGAGGGAGACGCACCCAUCUCUGAGUGCAGCAAAACCAAAAAUGUUUGUGUCACAGACCUCCACAUCAACACAGACAGACAAAAUGGCUAAAGCCCUGCAGGAGCGCAGCUGCCAGACGGAUCCCUGGGAGCCACCAGCCAAGACGGAUCCUACAAUCAGACCCGAGCAUAUGACAACGCCCUCGCUGCCUGCUGAUAUCAUCGAACCUGAAGAUGAAGACUCCAGUGACAGCUACUCUCCAUCACAGGAAGAGAGUAGCAGCGAUGAGGACGAGGCAUGCCACCCGUGCACACCGUAUCAAGAAAGGAAGUUUGUUGUAUUUGAGAGCUGCCUGCUGGAGCUAUUUCGAACCUGCCCACAGUGCUUUGCCAGGUGCACCAACAACAUCACAACUCAGGGCACUAUGAUCUCAGUGAAGAGCCAGUGCACCCAUGGGCAUGUGCAAACCUGGGACAGCCAGCCCAUGGUAAAUGGGAGACCAGCGGGGAAUCUCCUCCUUUCAGGGGCAAUGUUCUUCUCUGGAGUCAGCGCUGCUCCUACUUUACGGAUGCUGAGGCACAUCAGUAUUCAAACAUUCAGCCUCACGACGUAUUAUAAGUACCAGAGCAGUUUCCUUGUCCCAGCAGUAGAGAAGGUGUGGUUGGAAGAGCAAAAGCAGCUCAUUGAUCAACUGAGAGGCCAGGCUAUCGAUGUGUCGGGGGACGGACGGUGCGAUUCCCCUGGGUUUUCUGCAAAGUACAUGACGUACAAUGUGCAUGUAGAUCAGAUCAACAAAAUUAUUCAUUCUGCACAAAUUCAGCUUGCAGAGAAUGAGAGGGUCAUGGCAAGUGUCCAGAUGGAAAAGGAAGGACUGAUCAGAAGCAUCCAGUUCUUGAAAGAACAAGGUAUAACAUUGAACUCGAUAACAACUGAUCGGCAUCCUGCAAUAAGAAAGCACAUGGAAACGCACGAACCAGGCACAAAACAUUACUUUGACAUUUGGCACAUCUCAAAAGGUCUGAAGAAAAAACUGAGCACCAUCAGUAAGAGUGUCACCUGUCGCGGCCUAGAUCCCUGGAUCCAGGGAAUUUCAAAUCAUCUGUAUUGGUGUGCCAGGGCCGGUGGAGGUGAUGCCCAGCUAACAGUUGACAUGUGGCUGAGUGUGCAAAACCAUAUAAUCAACGUUCACGAUGGACAUAAGGGAUCCUAUCCGCGGUGUCUUCAUGACCCCAUUCCAGAUGGAGUGUGGCUUGACCCUGAUUCUGUAGCUUACAGAAAAUUUAAGGAGGUCACAGGCAACAAGCGUAUCUUGAAGGAUGUGGCGCAAAUGUCUCCAAGCCAUCAGACUUAUGCGUUGGAGUCGUUCCAUAGUUUGCUUAUCAGAUUCGCACCGAAGUCUGUUGCCUUCUCCCCUGAAGGCAUGCUCUGCAGGACGAGGCUUGCAAUCCUGCACUAUAAUGAAAAUGCGGAACGCUGCCAAGCAGAGACAUUGGCAGGAGCUCAAAGGUGGAAGGUUAAAACCUGUAAAGCCAGACACGGGCAACAAGUCGCUUGCCCCAUCAAGACUCCUCCAACAUUCAGUUAUGUUGCAAAGCUGCUUGCGCAAGCCAUAACAGAGUGCAGCACAUGCCCCUCGUUUGAGCAUGCCAUGAAAGGACGAAGGUCAAGAAGUUUCCCACCACCAAUGAGCCACUCUAAAGAGAGGCUGCCAAAGGCGGACGUUGUGGCAGCCAGGGUCUCAAGACUAGGAAACUAAAGUGGGCAUUUGGCCUCCUCGGGCAGAUUGGCCACCUUCACCCCCUUGAGAGUUUUGUGAACCUGGGAACCUUUUGUGAACCCUGGGAAACAUGAACAUUAUCGUAUACUGCUAUCCAAUGGCGCAUUGUGUAGGAUGUAAUCCUACCUAUAUUUAACAUGUGCUGAAUUUGCAUAACCAGCAUUUGAAAGUACUAAUGCGUUUCGAAAACUUGUCUGAUGCGAUGAUGAAAAAUGGAAGUCACUGAAAAGGUUAGCCAGCUGUAGGACUCGAACCAACAUCUUCUGGGUCACUGGUCUAAUAAUAAGCUGUGCAUGAUUACCUAUGACUAGGGUUCCACGUUUUCGGUUUUAAUCGGAAAACAUAUGCCGGGUCAAUUUCCUCUUAUUCUGUUUUAAUUGAAAAACACUGAAUACAGAGGGACAUUCCAGGACACGACAGAGAUAAAUUGCUGCACAUGCCAAGCAAGUUGUUGGUGCAGAUCAGAAAACCAUACAGAAUUACGAUGGUUGUGAAAAAUAUCCAUUUACUUUUUCGUUAGUCGUACACAACACCAAGUUGAAUGAGCGUCGUGCGAAAAUUACAUAGCGGUACCGUAACUGUGAUUUCUAUUUGCCAAUAACUGUCGGGUAACCAUGUACAUGCAAGGAAAAACUUCGAUUUCGUGAAAAUCAAUGAACAUCGAAAAACAUACGCCGAAUCCCUCUAAAAAUAAAACCGGAAAAUGCUGAACCCUACCUAUGACGCAUAUACGUACAUUCGCACAUUUUGUUUGUGUUGUAUUCCGAACAGCUGUAAUAGACAUCUGAAAGCAGCUGGCUCACAAGUCUAACCAAGCUUGACUGAACCAUACUAAUCUCCUCGGGUAACAAUACUAGACAGGAACAUAGAAAUCUAAAUCAUAUCAGGUUUAAUGACACAUAGCAAUUCGGAAUGCAGGCAGAUAUCACAGUUAUUGGCCCCAGACAGCACUGUAUUGUGAUGAUCACACAGAAAUUAAUGUGAAUUGAAAUAAUGGGUCAGUUUCAACAACAUGAUGCACAACUGAUUCCUGGUAGCACCCACGCAACAUAGCUGGUCAUACCAAGAUGAAGUUUGCAUUUGUCUUGAAUAACGAAUUGCAAGGAUUUACGUGGUGUGCAGUCCUCCUAUCCUUGUGUUGUGCUCCUAGUUCCAAUCCUAAACCUCGAAGUGGCCGUGGCGCACGAUCUACAUUGUGUAUAAUUUGCAAGAUCUCCUUUGCUAGGAAUGUCUCAUCAUGUCAUGCAGUCUUUGGCAGUGACUAAGCUACAAGUAGAUUGUAACUGUAACUAGGUACCACUUUUGGCUAAAGUAAAUGUUACGAGGGGACAUCGCUGUAACAGAGUUACCCUGGUUUGGUAAUAUUUUCCAGAUAAUCAUAAAUUUGCAAGGUAACUGUAUCGGUAACUUAGUUAGUGUUUUAGUAACCUAACCAUGAGUGAUGUCGAGCAUGGAGAAAAAAGUGGUUGAGAACCACUGCUCAUAGAAAGGAUCCUAUACCAUGUUUUGGAGAACUGUGUUUCAUAGCCAUUUCUUGUUGGCACUAUUCAAUGAAUAUGCAUAUCACUGCUCGACAGAAUGUUCACAUUGUGUGCCGGUUUUUGACUUGCAGGUAUACUGUUUCAAUACAGCCGACCACAGAAAAUGUACUGUCCAUUUCCAUCUUUUUCCACAGUUCCAUGGAAUUUCUGCAUAUCAGACUGUAAACAUAUACACUGAUAUAAUCAGACAAGUGUAAGGGAUGAGAUGUGUGUGUCAAUAAGUGUAAUAAACAGAUGAAUACACAGCCAGUUACAAGAGCAUUGAUUUUUUUAUUCUUUCUGUGCCAGACGGAACCCCCUGUAAACCUUCGAAGGGAAGCGUUUCCUUAUUGUGCUGACUACACAUGAUGGCAGCGGCUUCCUGUUAAAUUUCCCAAGGUACUCCCAUACCCACAGGACAAACUGUCUGUAGGAAGUGAAACGGUACUGUCUGAAAGAACGGGAGGUAUAAAUAUCAUGCAUGCUACUAAAGGGUCACCUUCAAUGCAGACCUAAUCGAAGAGAGAGUCUGGUAACAAAACGUGUAUGCAGUAGUAAUGAAACCUAGUCACUAUAUAAACCCACAGGAUUGAAAAAAAAAAAAGACUUUUCAACUACGGUGGGAGCGUAAAUUUCCCACUUGUCACCCGGGAUGCGAAAGGUAGACGCCGCUACUCCUUUGAACGUAGAAUGCUGGCUUUCAGAACACACGUCUCGUAAAAACACGGAUAUGUUCCAGUGAGGAAUAUACAAGUACCGCAACUUAUAAAUCAACGAAUCGUGCAGAUAAUUCCAUAAUAUACAGACACGUUGUAUACUUACUCGUUCUUCGCUUUCCCAGUCUUUACUCCACGUUGACGUAAGUCGCGGUUCGCAACCCGCAAAACGACGUCAUUUAGGCACACUGCGCUGAACUCCUCAUUAUGCGUGAUACAUUUCGUGUCAUGCUCCUCGUUCAUCUCUUCUAUUGCGGGGUAGUCCCAGCAGCAAACACAUUCAGUCGCUUUCUGCAUGCUGGUACAUUCUCCGCAUCGGCACCUAAUAAGUAGUGAAGAUGACACAAGCGACAAUGAUAUGUUUGUAAAAUAGGGUAAUGCAAAGUAUUACUUUGCAAAGGUACAGUAUGCGAAACGCCGAAACUUUGAGAGGCUCGCUUACCAGUUCGUAUUUCCAACACGACCAACGUGGUUCGGCGGGUUCUCCACGAAAUUUUCGCACGGCGGCAGUUGCGCUGGCGUAGUUCCGUCUGUCUCUGACGAUCGUGGCGUCGCACCAUACGAAAGUUGUCCAAUUCCGGACGUUCGUGACAGUAUGUCGCGUUCGAGGU